AUGCGCCGCCCUUACAGCGGGCUCCUGGCUCGUUCCUGGACCUGCAUCCAGUGCAGAACCUGCUCCUCAGCAUCCACCGCGGGCGCACAGGUGCGCAAGUCCAAAACCAACCUGCCCGACACGCCUGCGCGCACGCGUUUUGCGCCCUCGCCGACGGGAUACCUCCAUCUGGGCUCGCUGCGAACAGCGCUAUUCAACUAUCUGCUGGCCAAGCGCACGGGCGGUCAAUUCCUGCUGCGCAUUGAAGAUACCGAUCAGAAACGGACGAUCCCCGGCGCUGAACAGAGACUGUACGAGGAUUUACAAUGGGCUGGGUUACACUGGGACGAAGGCCCUAUUGUCGGUGGGCCCUACGGUCCAUAUAGACAGUCCGAACGAACAGCUCUAUACCGCGAGCAUGCUGAUGGCUUGAUCGCCAAUGGCCAUGCCUACCGGUGUUUCUGCUCUGCCGAACGGCUCGAUUCCUUCGCGCGACACCGCAGUCAAGCUGGUCUAGCUCCGGGCUAUGACCGGAAAUGCGCAGAUAUCUCCACCGAAGAGUCCGCGGGACGGGCAUCCAAGGGGGAAAUACAUGUUGUCCGAUUAAAGGUGGAGGGAUACCCCAUGUUCAACGAUCUGGUCUACGGCAAGACGGGCCAGAACCGUCUCAACAGCAGCAAGCUAGACCUCAUUGAUCGAGUGUACGACGACCCUAUUCUGCUCAAGUCAGACGGCCAUCCCACGUAUCAUCUGGCCAAUGUGGUCGAUGAUCACUGCAUGAAAAUCACUCAUGUCAUCCGCGGCACGGAAUGGAUGCCGUCUACCCCAAUGCAUGUGGCCUUGUACAAUGCGUUUGACUGGACGCCCCCACGAUUCGGACAUGUCCCUCUCCUGGUCGAUAAGACCGGGCAGAAGCUCAGCAAGCGGAACAUGGACAUCGACCUCUCGUCCUUCAAGGACAAGCAAGGCGUGUUUGCGGCUUCUUUGGUCAACUUUGCCGCACUCUUGGGCUGGUCUCAUACUCAGAAAUCGGACGUGUUCAGCCUAAAGGAGCUGGAACAGAUUUUCAACUUGAAAAUCACGCGUGGUAACACGGUCGUUGCCUUCGAGAAGCUCUGGUUCUUGCAAAAAGCGCACGCCCAGCGCUUCGCAACGACCGGUGGUGUUGAAUUCGAGCAGAUGGUGAGCACCGUCUGCUCAGCAGUGGAAAAGAAGCAUUCUCUAGAGACCCUAGGCCCGAUCCUCCAGGAAAGGACACUGGCAGAGUAUAUCGCACCGCUGCUCCGCGCCGACGCCAAAACCUACAGCGACGCGCCGACCUUCGUCGAGCGCAACUCGACCUUCUUCACCACCCAACUCUCCCGACCCCCCUACACACCAGCUUCCACAUCUCCCACCAACGCCAGUGACACUACACCGGCAGUUCCUAUGCAAGCAGUCCACACCGCUGCCGCAGCACUAACCCUCGUCCCGCCCACUCACUGGACCGUCGAAACGCACCGCACCAACAUUGCCUCCUAUGACGGUUCCGCAGUAGCCAGUUUCUCUGAAGGACAGGGAGAAGCGGACUCCGCCUCGUCAGCAGCAACAAACAAGCUCUUCAAAAAGGAACUCUAUCACUACCUUCGCUGGGCGCUCUCGGCAUCCGCCCCGGGACCUGGAAUUCCCGAGACGAUGGCGAUUCUCGGCCGCGAUGAAUCUGUCCGCAGAUUGCAGGAUGCCAAGGCGUUGACGGCGUCGUUGGUCCCGCCUGUCGGGAGGAGGGUUCCUAAAUCUUCUUCUUCCUCUUCGGAGGAGGGUGGGGAUCGGAGUUGGAUGGGGUCCCUUGCUUCGCGGUGA